UUGUGGCAGUUUAGAAUUUGGAGAGAUUUAUUACCAUAACAAGCAUAGCAACUGUGAGAAGCAGUCAUAAAAUGACACUGAAAUAACACAUUUUGAGUGUUUACAGAAAAGUUUGUGACGCACUACUGUCAAAAUACAAUGUAUUAGUCAAUCUACUGAGAUCACUGAGGAAUCACGUAGUCAGCUCCAGGAUGUUAUACCACAGUGUUGGUGCCAUACAGCGCCAAUUCUCCUGUACAGUGAGGAAAUUACAGCCCCAUCGCAGCCUCUCCAUCAUCCCAUCCUCUGGAGCCCCUCGCAGAGCUACUCUCUCCACAGACAUACCCCCACGUGUUCUCACAGCUUCACCAGCGUGGGGUGUUCACUGUCGCAGCAACUACCGUCCACACUUUCAAGCAUUAUCAUAUGGACUGCGUGAAUAUUCGGUCUGUGACCCCUUUACAGACUAUGAACAAGAGAAGAAAACAUUUCAACUUGAUGUCCCCGAAUAUUUCAACUUUGCCAAAGAUGUUAUAGACAAGUGGGCUGAUGCUGAACAGACAGGAGAACGAGAUGCUACUGUCCCUGGUUUCUGGUGGGUCCAUGAGGAUGGCCGUGAAGUGAAGUGGACAUAUCAGGAACUGGCAAGCAAGUCAAACAGGACUGCAAACAUCUUAAAAGACUCAUGUGGGUUGCAGCCAGGAGAUCGUGCCAUCAUUAUGCUACCCAAGGUUCCACAGUGGUGGCUUUUCAACAUCGGUGCAAUUCGUUCUGGUGUGGUACUGAGUCCAGGAACGAUGAUGCUGCGUAGCAGCGACCUCUCUCACCGUCUGCAGUCGUCACAGGCAACAUGCAUCAUCACAAACGGUGCAACUGCAGAUAUAGUGGACCAGGUUGCAGAUCAGUGUCCAAACCUCAGAGUAAAACUUCUUGUCGAUUCCAAAUCAUCAAGAAAUGGUUGGUUUAAUUUUGAUGAACUAUUUGAAUCUGCAUCUGAGCAGUUUGAGUGCGUAAACACGAAAGGGAGUGACCCAAUGACUCUGUUCUUCACAAGCGGGACAACAGGUUCCCCAAAGAUGGCUGAGCACACCCAUGCCAGUUACGGCCUUGGUCAUACCAUCACAGCCAGAUACUUCCUUCGUCUCACAAAGACAUCAGUGUUCUGGAACAUGUCGGACACAGGCUGGGCCAAGUCGGCGUGGUCCAGCGUGUUUUCUCCCUGGAUCAGUGGAUCCUGUGUCUUCGUCUACAACAACCCACGGUUUGAUCCUCUGGAAACUAUCAAGGUCCUGGCUGAUUUCCCCAUCACUCAUUUCUGCUCAUCUGCAACAGCCUUCCGCAGCAUAAUCAAACACGAUCUGACACAACAUCACUUUCCACAUCUGCACCACUGUGUGAGUGCAGGGGAGCCAGUGAAUCCUGAAGUUAUUGAGGAAUGGAAGAAUGGUACUGGCCUGACUCUAUAUGAGGGCUAUGGACAGUCAGAAACUACGUUUCUGUGUGGGUCAUAUCCUUGUAUUGAAGUGAAGCCGGGAUCCAUGGGGAAGGCCAGCCCUGGAAUAGAUGUACAGGUUGUUGAUGACAGCGGUGUCAUUUUGCCAAGAGGGAAGGAAGGAAACAUAGGUGUUCGAUACAAACCACAUCGGCCAGUGGGACUCUUCUCAAGAUAUGUGGGAGACCCAGAAAAGACAGCAUCAGUGUUCUGUGGGGAUUUCUACCUGACAGGGGACAGGGCAUACAUGGAUGAAGACGACUACAUCUUCUUUGUUGGGAGAGCAGAUGAUGUCAUCCUGUCAUCGGGAUAUCGCAUAGGACCAUUUGAAGUGGAAAGUGCUCUGUUGGAGCAUCCAGCAGUCCUUGAGUCAGCUGUUGUCAGCAGUCCUGAUGACGCAAGAGGGGAGAUUGUGAAAGCAUUUGUGGUUCUGACUUCGAAAUACAAAGGUGUGGACACUGACAUGGAGAAGCUGGGACGAGAGCUGCAGGAUCAUGUCAAGCAGUCCACAGCCCCAUACAAGUACCCCAGGAAGAUUGAGUUUGUUGAGGAGCUGCCCAAGACGGUGAGUGGCAAGAUCCGCAGAGUUGAGCUGAGAAAUAAGGAAUGGGGAAGAUAGCCAGCAACACAAUGCCAACAAUUUCAAUACUCAGAAACCACUACAGGAAAACAGAUUAACAGAAUACAGGUCAACAAACUUGUCACAAGAACUACUCUUACACAGUUUGUGAUCACUGCAUCAGGUGGUCUUGGAGCAGAGGCAGUGUCCGACGGGACACUCAUAUUCAUACUCAUGGAAUGUCAGUUCUGACCAACUGUCACUGUCUGCAACUAUGAAUGUUUUUCAUGAAUCAUAAGUCAGGAUAAGGAAAAAUAUGUAAUUUUUUAAGUAUAAUUGAUAUUUUAUACUUAUCCUGACUCAUGACGAACAAGCCGUCCCAACUUCCCCGUUAA